AUGCGCCUCGACGCUUCGGGCCUCAAGCUGGUGGAGUAUCGCGGCGGCCUCGCCCUGGUCGGCCCAUCUCUCAAUGCGGCAUUCAAUCAGUUCAAAUGCGACACACCUCCAUCGCACCCGCACAUCACGCUCCUAACGCCCGCCGAGCGUAACGCGGCAACUGCAAUCCCAGACAUCCCCACGAGCCACGUGUACGUCCUCGGGCCCUCCGGCAAGGAUGGGGGAUGGCUCGUCGUCCUCUGGAACCACGGUGAUGUGUUCCGCUCCUCCCUCGGACUUGCCGGCAAAGCAUACCACAUAACGCUUUGGGAGAACCAAGUCGACCAUUCGCUGGAUAAGAGUCUGGAUGCGGCACUGAGAUCCGGACUCGAAGUUGACCUCGACGCCAUAGGGCUCGAUCACGCAAUCGUCGCCGCUUCGGGCCAUUGGAAGACGCAGCUGGCCGAACACCUCAUCAUCUCCCAUCCCGAGUGUUAUAGGGGGUACGCCCGCCUCGCAGAGGCGACAGAUAUCCCCGCUCUCUCGGCGGCGUGCUAUGCCCGCGCGGUAUCCCUCUAUCCGGCUCUACUCCCUUGCGCUGUGAGGGCACUCACGCGCCUCCGCGACGUACCUUACGGUGUGCUUUCAAAUAUCGCCAACCCAGUCGGAGCGGAACACCUCGUCCACCCCUGGCCGUUGGAGCUCGGCGACGCCCUCUCCCAUCUCCUGUGGACCGCCCCCGUCGAGAAACGCACUCGCGUCCCUCUGCCCUCGACAACACUCCCGCGUUUCUUCUCAUGGCUCUAUCCCGCCCGCUUAGGGGGAAUGUCAACCCCCCGCCGCGCGAGUGACAUCGACGCCCUCGUCUCCAUAGGCGUAACCCACCUCCUCACAUUAACGGAGGAGGAGCCUCUUCCAUCAGCGUGGAUUCCACCGACCAUAACCCACCUCUUCGUCCCCGUGCCGAACUACGGGACACCAACUCUAGCCGAGAUGGACGUCAUCUUGUCCCGUUUCAUGGACGGCGGGCGCUGGGUGGUGCAUUGCGGCGGGGGGGUUGGGCGCGCCGGCACCGUGCUGGCCUGUCUCGUCGCCAUGCUGGGCCGGGGGAACGAGGAUCCCACCGACAGGCCAAAGAUGGCCGCGCAUACUGCCAUUGCACUGGUACGGACAGCGCGUCCGACGAGUAUCGAAACGAGGGAACAGGAGGCCUUUGUCAGCGCAUGGGUCAGCCAUCGUUGGCGCCGGGCCGAUACGCCGGUUAUGGCUAUUGAGCCAGUCUCCCACCUGGUCAAGGAGGGGACCCUAGCUCGAGCCGUUGUGAUGAUCGGCCGACCCGGGAGUGGGAAAAGCUGGCUCGCGACCGCCAUUUCGAAACGCACAAAAGCCGUCGUCGUGAGCGGCGACGUUGACGGACGCGCGGCGUGUGAGCGUGCCGCAGCACAAGCCACCUCAUUACCGGACGACACGCUGUUCCUUCUCGACCGGUGUAAUCCUACCACUCAAGAGCGGCAUGAAUGGCUAACCCUCCUUCCCCCCGCCAUGGCCGUGUACUUUGACUACACGCCUGCCCUCUGUUCCUCCCGCCUAGCCACGCGAAUCGGACACCCAAUCCGCGCCGGGCGAGGAGCGAAUGCCCUGGCCCAGAUGGACCGGUUGAUGUCUCCCCCAUCGAUGGAGGAGGGGUGGACUGGCAUCCUUCGAAUCUCGAGUUUCGCCGCGUCCCGCGACGCAGCGCUGUUACUUGGCGGCAUCCCACCGCUCCUCAAGUUUCCGCGCACCCCACAUCUUCUGGACCUCGGUGCGGCGGCAGCAGACGACCUGGUCUCGCCGGCGGAUAUCAGAGGACCCGCCAGCGUGGAGGAGAAGCUGGACGGUGCGAAUAUGGGACUUUCGCUCGAUUGGGACGGCAAGUUGGUCGCGCAAAACCGGAGUCAUUGGGUGUCUUCAGCCAGCGCGCCGCAGUUUCGGGCACUGGACACCUUGCUCGCCUCCCACGAUUCAGCAUUGCGCCGGAUUCUGGGUCGGGAUCAACACUUUCCAGAACGGUAUAUCCUCUACGGCGAGUGGAUGGCUGCGCGGCAUAGUGUUCAUUACGCCUCCUUGCCGUCAUUGUUCGUCGCUUUCGAUCUGUAUGACCGCGUCGACAGCAGUUUUGUUUCACGCACCGUGUUGGAGCGCACGUUGAGGGGAAGCGGUGUUUCCAUUGUGCCCCUCCUAAAAGAGAUUCGGGAGGGAGAGGUGUUGGCUAGGGACGAAGUGAUGCGCCUCCUGCAGCAGACUAGCGUGUUUGGGACGGAGAGGCGGGAGGGCGUGUACGUCCGCUUUGAGCGGGACGGGCAGACGGUCGGGCGGGGCAAGGUCGUGCGCGGUGACUUUAUCGCCGGGAAUGCGCACUGGGGCCGCGCGCCGCUCGUAUUGAACCACGUGGCGGAGAGUUAG